AUGCGUUUUGCCGCAGUCAGCAUCUUUCUCGCCGGCCUCGCCUCUACAGUGGCAGCGGCAGAGCCAAAAUGCGAGCUGGAAACCAAAGUCAAAAUCCACGACAUGUCCUAUUGGAUCAACAAAGAGAGUGAAAAUGACGAGCAAAUGUCCAGCAUCCAAUUUAGACUCGACACCAAGUCCGGCUCUGUCAAUUGCAGCUUAUUCGAAAUUUGCCAAGAAUACGUGUCCUACGACAUUGUCACCUGUGGUGACGAUACUCUCUACUACUUCAAUGCCAUGCUUAUAAGCAAUGACACAAUGCAUCUGCAGAUUUACCGCAACUACAUCGGGGCGACGAAGGCAAGCCAAUGCACGCAGCUCAAGAAUGACCAGAACAAAGGCAUCCAGAUUACUCCACCGAAAUUCGUCACGGUACACGCCAACCAAGAGCGAGACAUUUGA